AUGUCAUUGAUUUAUUACAACUUUCUUGAUUUUACAAAAUCAUUCCUCGAAAUAAACCCAAUUUAUUUUGCAACGUUUGGAGUAUUCUUUUCAGUUGGUGUUUCUGUUUUAGGGGCUGGUUGGGGAAUUUUAUUAACAGCUUCAUCUUUGAUGGGUUCGUCUAUUCGAACAACAUUCAGAUCAAAACAUUUGAUUUCAAUUUUAUUCUGUGAAGCAACAGCAAUUUAUGGUGUUAUUGCUGGUUUUAUUUUCUUUAGUAAAUUAAAAGAAACUGACUUUCCACCAACACCUGAUCAAUACAAAGCUGGUUAUAUGAUUUUUGGUGCUGGUCUUGCUGUUGGAUUUUGUAAUCUUGGAAGUGGUGUGAGUGUUGGAGUUGCUGGUUCAGGGGCUGCAUUGGCUGAUGCUCAAAUCUCAUCUCUGUUUGUCAAAAUGUUGAUGGUUGAAAUUUUUGCUAGUGCAUUAGGUCUUUUUGGUCUUAUUGUUGGAGUCAUUCAAAUUGUUUCUGUUAGCUUCAAAUAA